AUGACCAAGUGCGCUCGUGUUUGUUGUGCAAGGCAACGCAAGAAGGCGGUGUUUAAUAAGAACAAUCACCCACAGGUAUACAGUGGUAAACUAUGGGCCGUACGAGCUCAAAGCACAGCGGUCAAACAGGACACAGAUUCGAGAGAGAAGCCUCCGCUUCGGGCAGUGGACUUGGCGCAAAAGGUCCAGAGGGAGAAGAGAAAGACCCUGCAGCAGAGCGAGCAGAGCCCCGUGUCUGCACUCCAGCAGCGGGUGACUGAGCUCAGAAGUCUCACGAAACAGCUCCAAAAGGUGCACCCGAAUGUGCUGGCUAAACAUUUACACCGAGGCGUCCUGUAUCAAGACAAACAUUUGGUGGUCAUCAACAAACCCUAUGGAAUAACCGUGCAAGAUGAUGCUGCAACUAGUGCCAUCUCCAUUGCCAGCGUGCUCCCUGUACUCUCGAAAAUGAUUGAUGGCAGUAAAGUGAAGACUGAUUCUGUCCUUCUGCCUUGUUUGGGUCUGGAGAAAGAGGUCACUGGGACUGUUUUGUUAGCUCGAAGUGUAAAGGCAGCAGACUACAUAUCUGCUCUACAUAAAAACAAUCAAGUGAUAAGAAAAUACUGGGCAGUGAUUGUUGGGGUGCCUGUUCCAUCAGAGGGAGUUAUAGAUAUCCCAAUUAUUGAACGUGAAGUCACUGGAGAUCGGCCCCAUUAUAAGAUGUCUCUUAGUCCUCUUUUCAGAAUGAACGAUGGUGGAGAUGGAUUAACUAAAAUGCGUGCACAUCGGCAUGCUCAACCUGCUGUGACCAAAUACAAGGUUUUGGAUAGCAGCAGUGGUUGCAGCCUUGUGGAACUAGAACCGUUGACUGAUGUGAAGCAUCAGUUGAGAGUUCACAUGGCAUUUGCCUUGGCUUGUCCUAUUCUUGGAGAUCAUAAAUAUUCCCAUUGGAUCAAGCUUGCACCUCAGAAAUUGCCAGAGCGGUUACUAAAAAGUUUGAAAUUGGAGCAAAGCAAGAUUCGUAAUCUUCCUCUACACUUACAUGCUAGAGAGUUGAAAGUUCGACAAACUGCAGAGAUAUUUCUGACUUGUUUUUUGCCCAAAUACUUUUUCCAGACUUUGAGUCUUCUUCAUCUUACUUUUAAAGACGAGUAA